CAUUAGAUACAGCAGAUAAAUCAACAGCAUGAGUUGAUAAAACACACCGGCCGAAUCACAUUACACAGCUACAGGUUCCAACGUCUUAAAUUCUAUUUAAAAUACAUGUGUAUAUAUAUAUUUUAAUGUGUGUUUUUUAUUUUUAUGAAUAAACACAUUAACGCGUAUAUAUAAAUUGUUUUCAUAUCAACGCGCGUUGUUUUUAACGCGCGUUCUUUACUCGUGAUACAUAAUGGCGCUUGCAUUCCGCGGUUUGGAGUCUCCCUGUUUGAUUGGCGCGGUGCGGUUAUCCACACUGAGCGGCCCGGUUCGCAGUGACAUGUCUGUUCGGGGUGUGCUGUUAUUAUUAAUCCAGAAACGGUUUUCGUGCAGGUUGAAAGCUAGACCCGAAGUAACGGCGCCCUUUUCGAGGCAGAGCAGAAACUUUUCUGGGUUUCUUUCCCUUCCGACCGGACCCGGUUCGAGAAUGAAGGAACCCGUACAGCCGCCUGUCAAACCCGUUUGCAGCUCGGCUAAACUGCGUGGCCGGCUCGUCCACACCAACCAGGACAGCGCUACUUCCAGCCGGCUCAGAAGGGUGUCAAUUGAAGGAAACAUUGCCGUCGGGAAGUCCACUUUCGCCCGCCUGCUUCAGAAGGUGGAGAACCGGUGGGGGGUGAUUCCAGAGCCGCUGAGCAAGUGGCAGAAUCUCCAGACCUGCGAGUCCAGGGAGCAGAGCGUCAGUAACCUGCUGCAGAUCAUGUACCAGGACCCCACCCGCUGGUCCUACACCUUCCAGAGCUUCUCCUGCAUGAGCCGCAUCAGAGCCCAGCUGGAGGCUCCUCCGCCCAGCCUGCUGGAGCUCGAGAGGCCGCUGCAGAUCUUCGAGCGCUCCGUCUACAGCGACAGGUAUGUGUUUGCAGUGAGCCUGUUUCAGAUGGGCUGCAUCAAUGAGACAGAGUGGGCCAUCUACCAGGACUGGCACAGCUUCCUGGUCCAACAGUUUGGCAAGAGGAUUGAACUGGAAGGCAUCGUCUACCUGAGAGCAUCUCCACAGAAGUGUCUGGAGCGGUUGGGCCAGAGAGCCAGACAGGAGGAGAGGAGCGUCGACCUGCAGUAUCUGGAGAGACUGCACAGCCAACACGAGGACUGGCUGAUUGAGAAAACAACACCGCUGCACUUCGAUCACUUGAUGAGGACCCCAGUGCUGGUGCUGGACGUGAACGAGGAUUUUGAGCAGGACCAGGCGGUGCAGGAGAGGCUGCUGAAGCAGGUGAAGAACUUCUUUGACAGUUUGUGGUUGUGAGUGUGAUGACGCGGACCUGCCCACGUUUUGGACGGGAUUCGCAUUCCCCUCCACUCAGCUUCAGCCUGUGAUAGGAAAAACCUCCUUCCCAUAAUUCUUAUUAGCAUCGCUAGCCACAUCCCUACUGGACCCUAUUACAGCAGCUGCACUUUUAUUAUUGAGCAGAGAGUGUAGGUCUGGCACUCAGAAGGUCAACGACAAAGCGUUCGAAACAUUUCAGCCACGGCAGGUUCUCUAGAAACAGAGUAAGUGCGUUAAUGUCAGGUUUUAGUCUCUUUAUAAUUAUGGCUUCUGGUUUUCUGUGUUUUGCCCUGACUUUUCUGCUCCCCUUUAGAAAUUCAGUUGAUCCCUGUUAAGCCAUUUGUGUAUCUCAGUGACACUGAGAAACGCGUUCAUAGUCAUUUCAUUUAUGUUUUUCUCUUUCCCCUGUGAAACAACUAAAUGGGCUUUUAAAAAUUUAAGUCUUGUCUUGACAUUUCAAAGCAGAAACGACUCCUCUUUAUAAACGUGAAUACAGUCACGUUGCAGAACGAUUGCAAUAAAGUGUGUCCAGCAUCAAAAAUGUGUCGCGAUAGCUUUGAUAAAGGUUAGUCGCUACUUAAUGUGUCGUAAUCUCGUUUACACGUUAUGAAAAAUGAAGGCUUGGCCGAUUUUUUUAGAAAAAAAAACCCAUUCACUUGUUUCGCAGAAAGAAAUCGUAAAUGAAAUCAAUUUUAUUAUCGACGCGUUUCUCAGCGUGCGAUUGAGAGUCACGAAUGGCUUAGCAGGGAUCAAUUGAAUUCUUAAAGGAGAGCAGAGAAGUCAGACCAAUCAGAAGCCUGACUGGUAAUGUAUUUGUAAGUGGUUGGAGCUGCCUGUAAUCAGCUUGACUAGCGGUAGCUGCGAACACUUUGAAACAUGCCUUUAACAUUCCCAUUUCCUGAAGUGAUCUUGUAAAUACAGAUUUUAAUAUAAUAUUGAGGGAUGCUUCUGAAUGAAUGGAUGUGAAAUAACAUUGGCAAUGCCGGCCUGUUUCAUUGAACCCUGCUGUGAGGUUUUUUUUGCAUGGCUUUGUUUCUAAACUAGAGAGCUGUGCUUGUUUAUAACUCUAGGAUCGCUGGAGUUGUCAUUAUGUGUAAAUGGUACGCACCCCUCAUUCCUCUACACCCUAGGCUCAGGAUAAUAAUCUGGGUGCUAAUGCAUUUAUUAAAUUAAAAAAAAAAAAAAAAA